UUGGAGGUGAGAAAGGAAAUUAGCUUGACUGAAGUAGGAGAUUGGAGCCUGGUGCGUGGAAUAAAGAUCUAGACAUGGGACUUGAGCAAAACCUGGGAGUUACACUGUCACUACUGAAGCUACAGUCAUCAUUGCUUUUGUCCCUGUUCUGGGAAGCCACUCCAGUGUUGGCAGUGUUUGGGAAUAAUUUACAGAAUUACACAUUCUCUCACACACUAUUCUGCCAGAAUGGAGAAUCCUCCUUGGGUCUAUCAGAAAACUUCAAUGGGGACCAUCUCUUCUCCUUUGACUUCUCCAAGAACUCCCGGGUGCCCCGGCUGCCUGAAUUUGCUGCUUGGGCCACUGAUAAAGGAGACAUCGAGAGCAUAGAUGCUGACAAGAACCUCUGCCAGGAGCUGCAACAUAAAUUGAGUAAACUUUGUAAAGGACAGAUCCCUGAGGCUAGAGGAAUCCCCGUGGCUGAAGUUUUUACUCUGGAGCCUCUGGAGUUUGGGAAGCCCAACACUCUCGUUUGUUUUAUUAGCAAUUUCUUCCCACCUCGUAUAACCGUGACCUGGCAACAUGAAGGAGUCUCUGUGGAAAGCAGCAGCCCCACCUUUCUCUCAGCUACAGAUGGACUUAACUUCCAGGCCUUUUCUUAUCUGAACAUCACACCCAAAUCCACUGAUGUAUUCUCUUGCACUGUGGCACAGGAAGGUGAUCUCUUCAGCACUAUAGCUUUUUGGGUGCCUCAGAAUCCAAUACCCUCUGCAUUGUUGGAAAACAUACUGUGUGGUAUUGCCUUUGGCCUGGGCAUUGUUGGUAUCAUCGUAGGUGCUUCCCUCAUCAUCUACUUCCAAAAGCCAUGUGUAAAUGGUGCAGACUGAAUUGUUGGUGCCUGAGCCUUGCUUUCUUCACUUCCAUUGCAAUCAGCUCUACAGGAGGCUUCCUUGACUCACACACUUUUUCUAAGGGAUUUCCUUCAGAGGGGAGACGGGACUCCCACAAGGCAAAACUUCCAUUGUGGAGCUCAGAGGGACUAUAGCCUACUACUGAGGGGCUGGUAUAGUGUGAAGGUUACCAUACUAUACCUUCUCCCCUAUUUGUGAGAAUAAAGGUUGGUUUUUUUUUUUUUGUUUUUUUAAAACUAUCUGACGUAGUUUUUUUCAAAAUGGAAAUAAGAUUUGCUGUAGGACUUCUCCACCUGGAUGUCCUUCAGUCACUUCAGAUUGAAUGUAUAUAUGUCAGUUUUAAGAAAAUAUUUCCUUAUAAUUAGAACUAUCCCAAAAUACAGUAGGCUACCUUAGUGAGUAUUGAUUCCUUCAUCACUGGAGACUUUUCAAUGGAGAUUAUUCCUUUUCAGGUAUAGUUUAUUUAUCAUUUAUACAAGAAAACUAGAGUUCUCUUUUCUAGGAUUUCACUUCUUCCCAAAAGAAUUCUCUUUCCUCCAAAUUUCUAUCUCAUUUUUAUUUAAUGAUCUACAAUUUUCCUGGUGUUCCAUACAUGAAAUUUUAGAGUCAUCUUUUAUUCUAAUAUUUCCUUCAAAACUUACAGCCAGAGUGAUGGUAAAAGUUUAUAACAGGCUACCCUGGUGGGAAAGUAUAACACCUUUUUUAUGUUUAAUUUGCAUUAUUAAUAUUUUCUUCAUCACUUUCUUAAGUCUAGACAAUCAAUGAAACAAUAAAAUCAACCCCAACUGAUAGUAUUUAAGGUAGGAGCUCACACUGAAAAUUUAACAAUGGGCUCUCAUGAGUUAGUACCAGCUGCCUCCAGUCACCUCUGCUUAAGGUCAACUUCUUACCAAAUUUUAUUAUUUCUUCCUUUGAAACCUCUUUCCUUAAGUCCACACUGCCAUCACCAGUCCAAGGGUGGUAGAAUAAUCAAAAAAUGACAGAAUUGUGGGUAUAGCCUUCUAGCUGUUCUGCUUGUCUUCAGUCUCUUUCUGCCCAAAUUCUUCUAAGCCUACUGCCAGGCUAGUCUUAAAACUCUGCUAUCAAAUGUUAUUUCCCUACUUAAGAAUUUUCAGCAACUCCCUGUUUCUUCAGUCAAAUCUAAACUCCACAUCCCUUAGUAACCUGUUGCUCAGAUUCUCAUCUCUGAACUCAAAACGGACAGCUUGAAUCUCUGCAACCAUUCAUGAUAAUUCACAAUGGUUAAAUUUCUACAGUUGAUUCAGUCCCUGGGCAUUUGAAUUAUACUCUUGUGUCUUUAAAGGCCCUUUUAUUAGCUCUUCCAGUUAUAGAAUAUUAAGUUCCUUAGUGUGAUCUCUCCAUUGGCAGGCCCUAGUAGACUAUUCUUGUGAUCUGUUUGACUGUGAAUAAAAUAUAUCACCUGAUGUCCAGUUUCUGCUAUCAUUAUGAGUGAACAGUAGCCCAUCACAAAAUCUUGGCUUCCCCUUCUUCACUAGCUUGGCUGUUGCAAGAUGAAAAAGAAUAAUUUUGGUGUUUGGGGUAAGGUCCAAAUAAAAAUAAGUCUCAGAACCUCUAGUAGUACUGUGUAUCAUACUUUUAAUCCCUAAUGGACAUCCUUUCAAAUGAAUAAUCUUUUAUAUUUCUUGAGAUUCAUAAGAUUUAUAAUUGGAAAGGAUGAUUGAGGAUACACAAAGGUACAACGCAUCAGAUUUGGGACUCUAUAUCCUCUGCUUCAAAAUGUGUCAUAUUUUCACCCACUUUUAUCCUAUCAAAGAUCAAAAUUCACUGUAUACAUUACAUAUUAAUUUGAUUCCAUCUUACUAAUUGACUCACAUGAACUCUCACUGUUAAUCAAACUAGAAUAUUCAUUGUUCCUGCACAUUCUUGCCUUUGUUUAUGGUAUUUUCUCCAUAGGGAAUAUUUUCCCUCCUCCCCUCUGCUUAGCCAGAUUCUAGCCAUCAUUCAACUUGAGUUCCAUCUUCUUAAUGACAACUUUUCUGACCAUUCUAGUGGUCAAGGAUCUCCAUCUCCUCAGAGCUUUUAUUACAGUUGGAGAAAACGCUAGAGAUCCUCUAACUCAACUGCUCCAAUGAAGAAAUGGAGACCUUUUCCCCCUAGUUUAUUUUGUUUUUAAUUUAUGGAAUAAAACAAAUAUUUUCAUAACAUAAGAGGAUUAAAAAAAGAUGAUUGCAUAUGAAGCUCCCAAAACUAUCAUGCACAACUUGCUACUCCUUUCAAAUAUACAACACAAUUAUCAUGUAAAUUUCUUUUUUCCCUUCCCUCCUCCAUACAUUCUCUGUAUGCCAUUAGAUACAAGUAGUAUAUAUAUACACACAUAUAUAUGCACAAUACACAUAUAUAUGUAUACAUAUACACACAUAUACCUAAAAUAUAAUACCUUACUUAUAAUGUCACUUAAAAAAAAUAAAACUCCUAUAAGUUUCUGAUGUUGAAUCUUUUGACAGCAUCAAGGACUUUGGUGAAACCAUUCUAGAUAGUAAUUUGGAACUAUGCUCAAAGAGUUAUCAAGCUCUGCACCUUUUAAUCCAGCAGUGUUUCUACUGGGCUUAUAUCCCAAAGAGAUCUUAAACUAAAGAAAAGUACCCACAUGUGCAAAAAAUGUCUGUGGAAGCCCUUUUUGUAGUGACAAGAAACUGGAAGCUGAAUGGAUGUCCUUCAGUUGGAGAAUGGCUGAAUAAGUUAGGGUAUAUGAAUGUUUUUUUUUAAUAACUUUUUAUUGACAGAACCCAUGCCUGGGUAAUUUUUUACAGCAUUAUCCCUUGUACUCACUUCUGUUCCGAUUUUCCCCCUCCCUUUCUCUACCCCCUCCCCCAGAUGGCAAGCAGUCCUUUACAUGUUGAAUGGGUUACAGUAUAUCCUAGAUACAAUAUAUGUUUGCAGAACCGAAUAGUUCUCUUGUUGCACAGGGAGAAUUGGAUUCAGAAGGUAUAAAUAAUGGUAUAUGAAUGUUAUAGAAUAUUAUUGUUCUGUAAGAAAUGAUCUGAAGGAUGAUUUCAGAAAAGCCUGGAGAGACUAACAUGAAUUGAUAUGAAGUGAAAUGAGCAGAACCAGGAGAUCAUUGUAUAUGGUAACAACAAGAUUAUACAAUAAUCAAUUUUGAUGGAUGUGGCUCUCUUCAACCAUGAGAUGAUUCAGACCAGUUCCAAUGAUCUUGUGAUGAAGAGAGCCAUCUACACCCAGAGAGAGGACUGUGGGAACUGAGUGUGGUUCACAACAUAACAUUUUCACUCUUUUUAUUGUUGCACUUUAUUUUCUCUCAUGUUUUUUGUUUCUGUUUGAUUUGAUUUUUCUUGUGUAGCAAGAUAAUUGUAUAAAUAUGUAUGCAUAUAUUGGAUUUAACAUAUAUUUCUACCAUGUUUAACAUAUAUUGGAUUACUUACCAUUUGAGAGGGAGUGGAGGAAGAGGGGAAAUUGGAACACAAGGUUUUGUAAGGAUUAAUUAUUGUUGAUUAAUGUUGAAAAAUUAUUCAUGUAUAUGUUUUGAAAAUAAAAAGCUUUAAAUAAAAAAAGGACUUUGGUGACAAGAA